AUGUCAUUAUAUAUCAUUUAUGUUGUUAAGCGUUUCUAUGUCAUAUAUUAACUAAAUACUUUGCUUUCUGUAUGGUUAUUAUUAAAAAAGCCAAGUGGUAUAAAAUUAGGAGGAGUUCUUUCUCUCAAUAGCUCAAGAUAAUUACCAAGAAUUAAAUAUCUCUUCUACUUGCAUCCUUUCAUAUAUAAAUUACAGAAAAAUAGAUUACAUAUUACACAUUUUUAAUUAUCACUCUCAUCUCCUCUGUCAGGAAAUUCUUUUUUGCAUGCAUUACAUGUAACAUGCUUAGUAUUUUCAUCACACUAAAAUCCAUCAUCAUCUCUAGCUUUUUUGCAUUCUCUGCAUACUUCUAAGUUAUUUUUUUUGCCUCCUAUACUAUUUUUAUUUUAAGCUGACUAUUAAGGUCUUGAAGGUGCAGGUUUUAUUUCAGGUUCUUCGUCCUCACUUUAUAUUCUAUUGUUGUUAUUUCUUAUUGGAGCUUUAGGUUCUGGUUUUUUUUAUGCUGCUGGAGCAGGUAUAUUCCAAAGCUUUCUUAUCUUCUCGUCCAUUUAUUCAUAAUAUUCUUUUGUAUUUUUUUUUUCUGGAUGUUUGUUUAGCAAAUUUUCAAUUAAAUUGUUGAUUGUAGGAUUUUUUGCAAAAUCAUUAUAUUUAGAACGGCAAUUUGGGCACUCAUCACUCUUCUGCUUCCAGUCAUAAAAACAAGCUCCGCAUAAAUUAUGUAAGCAAGGUUAAAGAGUCACACAAGAAUAGAUAAUAUCCAUACAAAUAACGCAUUCUAAUUCUUCAGAUAUUUUAUCAUCCUAAGUCUUAAAUUUGUUCAACUAUUCCUAAAUUUUACGCUUUUCUUCUUCAUGCUCUUCUUUGAUUUUUUAGAUUCUUUAUUCUUCUUCUUCCCUGUGUUAUUGUUUUAUCUUAGCAGUUUCUUCUUCUUUCAACUUCGAUGCAUAAGCUCCUCCAUUUGAUGAAGAUUAGGAAAGUUUUACAAUAAAACCUAUGACAUCAGCCUAACUAACUUUAGAUUUGUGA